AUGGCACCUUUUGAAGCGUUGUAUGGUCGGAGGUGUAGAACUCCGCUAUGUAGACACGAAUCCGACGAAGGUGUAAUACUUGGACAGGAAAUUGUACGAGAAACCACAGAGAAGGUAAAGAUGAUCCGGGAAAAGAUGAAGGCUUCACACAGUAGACAGAAGAGCUAUCAUGAUAAGCGAAGGAAGGAGCUAGAAUUUGAAUCAGGUGACCAUGUGUUUCUAAGAGUCACGCCUGUGACUAGUAUUUCAGAGAGAGUUGGUAUUGUCGCUUAUAGGGUGGCGUUGCUGCCUAACCUUUCGAAAAUGCACGAUGUGUUUCAUGUGUCGCAACUUCGGAAGUAUGUCCCAGACCCAUCUCACGUGAUUCAUAUGGAUGAUGUGCAAGUGAGGGAGAAUCUUACAGUAGAGACGAUGCCGAUUCGGAUCACGGAUCGUGAGAUAAAGUCCCUUAGAGGUAAAGAUAUUCCGUUGGUGAAAGUAGUCUGGACGGGGACUACCGGAGAAAUCAUGACGUGGGAAAUGGAGAGCAAGAUGCGGGACUCCUAUCCCGAGUUGUUUGAACGAGGUAAGAUUUUUGAGGACGAAAAUAUCUUAUUUGGUGUAUUUGGUGCUUAA